AAGUUUAUUUUCAUGUUCGUUUCACAAGAAAUAAUGUUUAAAUUAAAUUUUCAGUAAUAUUUAAAUUAAAAAUUUGCAUGUAAAUUGAAAAGGCCAAAUAUAAACAAAAAAACUUUUUUUGAAUAAGAAAGUACGUACCUUUGUGACAAAAAGGAAUAGGUUCUCAUUGUGAAAUUUUGGAAUAUUUUUCGUUAAAAAAGAAAGUAAAUAUGCGUCUUAUUAUUUUGGACAGUACUGCAGCAGUUGGAGAUUGGGCUGCGAGAUACGUUAUGAAACGAAUAAAUGCUUUCAAACCAGGACCAGAUCGUUAUUUCGUUUUGGGUCUUCCAACUGGUAGUACACCUUUGGGAAUGUAUAAAAAAUUGAUUGAAUUUUACAAAGCAGGAAAAGUAUCUUUUAAAUAUGUUAAAACAUUUAAUAUGGAUGAAUAUGUAGGAUUACCGAGAGAUCAUCCAGAAAGUUAUCAUUAUUUUAUGUGGAAUAAUUUAUUUAAGCAUGUUGAUAUUGCUCCCGAAAAUGUUCAUAUUUUGGAUGGAAAUGCAGAAGAUUUAGUAAAAGAAUGCAACGAAUUUGAACGUAAAAUAUCUGAAGCUGGUGGUAUUGAAUUAUUUAUUGGUGGUAUUGGUCCAGAUGGUCAUAUCGCUUUUAAUGAGCCGGGUUCAUCAUUGGUUUCAAGAACUAGAGUAAAAGCUUUGGCUCAAGAUACAUUAGAGGCAAAUGCUAGAUUUUUUGAUAAUGAUAUGAACAAAGUUCCUACACAAGCCUUAACUGUUGGUGUUGGUACUGUUAUGGAUUCAAAUGAAGUUAUGAUCUUAAUAACGGGAGCACACAAAGCAUUUGCACUGUAUAAAGGUAUUGAAGAAGGUGUCAAUCAUAUGUGGACCGUUAGUGCAUUUCAACAACAUCCUAACACUUUAAUGUUAUGCGAUGAAGAUGCUACCUUGGAAUUGCGUGUGAAAACUGUAAAAUAUUUUAAGGGAUUAAGUGCAGUUCAUCAUAAAUUAAUUGAAGACGAUGUUUUAAAUGUUCGUUAAAUAUAAAUUAUUUAGUAGUCGCAAGGGUUUAAUGGAAACUCACAUGAAACUGAUUGAGGGCACAUAAUCCGUAACAUAUUAUCAACAUGUUCACCUAACAAGAUAAUUAAAUGUGUAAUUAAAUAAGAAAAAAUUUAUACAAUUCUAUGUUUUGCAUACUUUUAUAAAAUUUUGCGAUUAUGCGAAAAACAAAAUAAAAAUUUAAAUUUUAUA